AAGAAACUGAAAAAAUGCGAAGCACAUUAUCUUCUCCCCUCUUCUCGCAAUCUCUUGACCCGAACCCGCGUCCAUCAACGGAGCUCCGAUUCUCCCGCUCCGAUAGGUUCACCCACCCACGCCAUGAAACCGGUUUCCACUCCAACGAAACAUCCCGGUCGUCCGGCAACCCUUCCGCUCCGGCCAAACCGGGGAAAAACUCCAAAUACUACAAGAACAAGAAACCACCACCACCAAAGCCCACCGUUGAUCGGCAAUCGCACCCAGCGCUUAGGUUUUCAAAUAUACCAAAAUGGAGACCCAAACCUGUGAGCGCAGCACCCGAAAAUGUUAAGAUUAGCGAAGACGGAGUGUCGUACGUGAUUGACGGUGCACCGUUUGAGUUCAAGUAUAGCUACACCGAGACCCCCAAGGUUAAGCCCCUUAAAAUGCGGGAACCGCCCUUUGUGCCGUUUGGACCGGUAACCAUGCCGCGUCCCUGGACCGGGAGGGCCCCACUGCCACCAAGCAAGAAGAAGCUGAAGGAGUUCGAUUCGUUCGUGCUUCCGCCGCCGCACAAGAAGGGUGUUAAGCCGGUUCAGUCUCCCGGUCCAUUUUUGCCUGGGACGAACCCAAGGUACGUGCAGACGAGGGAGGAGAUAUUGGGGGACCCAUUGACGAAGGAGGAGAUCAGUGACUUGGUUAAAAGCUGCAUCAAAACCAGUCGCCAACUCAAUAUUGGUAGAGAUGGUUUGACACAUAACAUGUUGGAUAAUAUACAUGCUCUUUGGAAGCGGCGGAGGGUGUGCAAGAUAAAGUGCAAAGGAGUGUGUACUGUUGACAUGGAUAAUGUUUGCCAGCAGUUAGAGGAAAAGACCGGGGGGAAAGUCAUUUACAGAAGGGGUGGUGUGUUGUUCCUUUUCCGAGGCAGAAACUACAAUUAUAAAACACGCCCGCGUUUUCCUCUGAUGUUGUGGAAACCUGUGUCUCCAGUAUAUCCUCGGCUGGUUCGGCGUGUUCCAGAAGGUCUAACACUAGAAGAAGCAACUGAAAUGCGUCAGAAGGGAAGAAUAUUGAUUCCGAUAUGCAAGCUAGGAAAAAAUGGUGUUUAUCUUGAACUAGUAGAAAAAGUCAGAGAGGCAUUUGAAGAGUGUGAACUUGUGCGUAUAAACUGUCAAGGACUAAAUAAAAGUGACUAUCGAAAGAUUGGAGCAAAGCUAAGGGAUCUUGUUCCAUGCACAUUGCUUUCUUUUGAAAAUGAGCACAUACUUAUGUGGAGAGGAAGAAAUUGGAAGUCCGCUUUUCCAGAUCUCGGAAAUGACUGCAAGGAAGCCAAUAAAAUUGAUGAUGACAAUGAAAAAUACAAAACACUGCCGUCAGAAGCCCAAGAACUCCCAGCAGCUUGUCUACAGAAGAAUUCAGCAGAGCAUGUAAUCAAUUUGUCGCAUGACACAAGCAUUUCCUCUAGUUCAAGUGAUUUGACUUCGGAUAAGUUUGAGGUGCUGUAUCCCACUGAACAUAGCAAGCAAUCUGCAUCUGUGAUUACUGAUGCUGCUUCACUUGCAAAAACCUAUGAAGCUGAAACCACAAACGAAGCCAUGGGCUCCUCUGGUGAGCCAGAACCUUGCAGGAGCACCAGUCCAAGUAUGUCCAUAUCUCACUGUCAUAGCCAUGCUGAAUUCCCCUCGGAAGGUAUGAGUGAUAGCCAUGGAACUGAGGAUGUAAUGGAUAGCAAAAGCUGCAGUGAUGGUCUUUCUGCUUCAUUUUCAGGAUUCAAUGCGAUGGUAGAAGCUAGUGACAAUUAUAUUAAUGGCAUGGUAGAUAUUCAUGCUGAUAAGUUGCUAGAUGGUUCAGAAUCAGCAGAUGCCUCUAGGCUAUCAAGGCCAGCUGCCCCUUGUACGAAAGAAAUUUUAUUACUGUUGGAGCGAGCUGUUGAGAAAGGCAGUGCACUUGUUUUAGAUAAAGAUUCUUUCGAUGCGGACAAUAUUUAUCAAACCACAGUUGCCUUUGCCAAAUCAGCUCCACCUGAACCUGAUUUUGGGAAAAAGAUCAAUCCACCCGAACCUGAUUUUGGGAAACAGAGGAAGGUUUUGAUUAAAAAAGUUGACAAGCAAGAAGGCUCAACUUUGGAGACAAAGAAAACUAUCUCUGUUUCCAUGAAAGGUAAAAGGGAGAAGAGUUCUAAAAUUCCAAGAAAACAAAAUUUUGAUGAACAAUUUCUGAAUGUUGUACCACAAGGAACAUUAGGAGUUGAUGAACUUGCGAAACUUUUAACAUGAUACUAGCUGGUAUUAUCAAGAGUACUGUCGCCAUUUAGUACAUUUUUUUAUCUGAAUAAAACAUAGUGCAUUUGUUAACAACGUCGUGAUAUAGUUUUAUUAUGCUGCUGUGUAUCUUUGCAUAGUAUUGUUCAUAUAUAUUAUGUCAAUAUGGUUUCCAUCCUGUCGUUAUUUAAUUGUGAACCUCUUCAUGGCUCUAAAUGG